CAGUAUCCCUGAGAUAAGUACUAUUAUUUUCCUCCUUUAUGGAUGGAGACAUGGACUCAGGCAGAGAAAGGAGGGAAAGGUAUUCUAUACAGAAAUACAGUGGCAUGAAACAGGGUACUAGGUUUGGGGACCUACACACAUUUUGGUGUUGUUAGAGUUUCUGAUAACCCUUGAUGGUUAGAAAGUGAACCUAGAGGGGACUACGGGGGCCAGAACUUGCAGUGUUGUGUGGGCUGUUGGCAAGAGGGAACCAUUGAGGGGUUUGUAAGUAGGUGAUAACAUGGACCUGAUUCCAUGUUAUAUAGAGCACUGUUGAGUUAGAAAAGGUAACACUGGAGGCAGGGAGGCCAGUUAGGCUGUCAGGAGACCAAUUAAAAGUUGAAAGGCCUUGAGAUAAGGCAAUGGCAGGGAGAGUGGGGAAAAGGGAAUAGAUUCAAGGAAUUCAGGAAACUUGUAUACCUAUGACUUGCAUAUGGAAAGAUGCCAGAAGGAGAGGGACUGACUUUUCACUUUAUACUAUUUGCUCUUUAGUGAGCAUCUUUUUGGAAAAAAAAAAUACAAACAAAAGAAUUAGUACUUGUUGAUCGCAAGUACAGAAGUAGUAGAGGAGAGAGGGGAGGAGGGAGGAAGCCAAGUAGGCAAGUGUCCAGGAUAACUUCUUUCUGGCUUAGGAACCUACCUAUUAUAGAACCACUGAGGAGGGGCAAGAGGAAGAUGUUGCCCUCACUUACUGAACCCUGGUGAAGCUCUGAAGGGCCUGGGAUGCUUGGAAGCAUGGCUUACAGAGGCUCCAGUCAGACUAGAUUUCCCUUUGUACCUGGACAGCCUGCUUCUUUCUUUCACCUUAGCACUUUUGCUGGAAUAUUUCCUGCCAACUGAAGUGCCACCCCCGCCUUGUCUUCCUUCCUUAUCCUUGUCUUUAUUGAAUGCAGCUUCUUUGUUCUGAAUUUUUUCUAUUCCCCUGCCCCCUCCCUCCCCCCCUACAAUACCGUACAACUCUUAGUGACCCUGUCAUAGUCUUAUGUUCUAAGAACUACAUUCUAACUGUGAUUCCUCAGAUUUGAAUUCUUUUCCUGGGGCUGCCACUGACUUUGUAUGACUGUGGGCAGGACACGUAACCCGCAGAGCCUCAAUUUUCCCAUCCAAAUAUGAAAAGAUUAGGCUAAGAUUUCUGGUAUUCUAAUAUUAGCCCUGAGAAUCACAUUAAUCUACGUAAUACCAUAUUGGUUUGUGUAGUCGUCUUAUCUUCUCAAUAAAAGUAUGGCUUAAUGGUUUGAUAGAAACAGCAUCAGCAUGGACCUUGGAGCUAGACAAGCAUGGAUUUGAAUUUCACUUCUAUCCUUCUAACUGUAUCUGCGAUAUUGGGCAAGUUGUUUAGUGCCCCCAUUUGUCAAAUGGGGUUGACAUCACCUGCCUGCAGAAAGAGUAAUGUGAUGCAUAUAAAUACAGUAAUAUAUAUAAUAGUAAAUAUUAGUUCUCUCUCCCUUUUUCUGGAGGUAUGGACUGUCUGUCAUUACUCUGUAUAAUAUGUUAAGCGCCUUAAGUUUAUAAAAAAUCGUUCCUAUCUUAUAACAGCAUUUACAUCUAGGAUUAAAAUAUAUCUGUUUACCUUGUUUGUCUCUCCCACUAGAAUGUGUCGUAUUUUAACCUUUGUAUCUAAGUCUGUGGUCCAGUAGAUGCCCUGUGAAUGUUGAAUGAAUGAGUUUGUGGAUUUUAAGUGUUUACCAAUCAAAGAUGUAAUUUUUUUGUUUUGUAUAGUUUGUCAUGAGCCUGUUUGUAAAAUAAUUCCUUGUUUUCCAGUUGAUGAAACUUCUGAACAAGAACAAAAACAUAAAGAAACCAACAACAGCAAUGCUCAGAACCCCAGUGCGGAAGAAGGGGGUGAAGAACAGGAUGAGGACAUUUUACCUCUAACCCUUGAAGAGAAGGAAAACAAAGAAUACCUAAAAUCUCUAUUUGAAAUCUUGAUUCUUAUGGGAAAGCAAAACAUACCUCUGGAUGGACAUGAGGCUGACGAAAUCCCAGAAGGUCUUUUUACUCCUGAUAACUUUCAAGCACUGCUGGAGUGCCGGAUAAAUUCUGGUGAAGAGGUCCUGAGAAAGCGCUUUGAGACAACAGCGGUUAACACAUUGUUUUGUUCAAAAAUACAGCAGAGACAGAUGCUAGAGAUCUGUGAGAGCUGUAUUCGGGAAGAAACUCUCAGGGAAGUGAGAGACUCACACUUCUUUUCCCUUAUCACUGACGAAGUAGUGGACAUAGCAGGGGAAGAGCACCUACCCGUACUGGUGAGGUUCGUUGACGAAUCGCAUAACCUGAGAGAGGAGUUUGUGGGCUUUCUGCCCUAUGAAGCUGAUGCAGAAAUUUUGGCUGUGAAAUUUCACACUACAAUAACUGAGAAGUGGGGGCUAAAUAUGGAGUAUUGUCGUGGACAGGCUUAUAUUGUGUCCAGUGGAUUUUCUUCCAAAAUGAAAGUUGUUGCUUCUAGACUUUUAGAGAAAUAUCCCCAAGCUAUCUACACACUUUGCUCUUCCUGUGCCUUAAAUAUGUGGUUGGCAAAAUCAGUGCCUGUUACGGGAGUAUCUGUUGCAUUGGGAACAAUUGAGGAAGUUUGUUCUUUUUUCCAUCGAUCACCACAACUGCUUUUAGAACUUGACAAUGUAAUUUCUGUUCUUUUUCAGAACAGUGAAGAAAGGGGUAAAGAACUGAAGGAAAUUUGCCAUUCUCAGUGGACAGGAAGGCAUGAUGCUUUUGAAAUUUUAGUGGACCUCCUGCAAGCACUUGUUUUAUGUUUAGAUGGUAUAAAUAGUGACACAACUAUUAGAUGGAAUAACUGUAUAGCUGGCCGAGCAUUUGUCCUCUGUAGUGCAGUAACAGAUUUUGAUUUCAUUGUUACUAUCGUUGUUCUUAAAAAUGUCCUCUCUUUUACAAGGGCCUUUGGGAAAAAUCUCCAGGGGCAAACCUCUGAUGUCUUCUUUGCAGCCAGUAGCUUGACUGCAGUAUUGCAUUCACUAAAUGAAGUGAUGGAAAAUAUUGAAGUUUAUCAUGAGUUUUGGUUUGAGGAAGCCACAAAUUUGGCUGCCAAACUCGAUAUUCAGAUGAAACUCCCUGGGAAAUUCCGCAGAGCUCAGCAUAGUAACUUGGAACCUCAGCUAACCUCUGAGAGUUAUUAUAAAGAAACCUUAAGUGUUCCAACAGUGGAGCACAUUAUUCAGGAACUUAAAGAUAUAUUCUCAGAACAGCACCUCAAAGCUCUUAAAUGUUUAUCUCUGGUACCCUCAGUCAUGGGUCAACUCAAAUUCAAUACGUCAGAGGAACACCAUGCUGACAUGUACAGAAGUGAUUUACCCAAUCCUGACACACUCUCAGCUGAACUUCACUGUUGGAGAAUCAAAUGGAAACACAGAGGGAAAGAUAUUGAGCUUCCAUCCACCAUUUAUGAGGCCCUCCACCUGCCUGACAUCAAGUUUUUUCCUAAUGUGUAUGCAUUGCUGAAGGUCCUAUGUAUUCUUCCUGUGAUGAAGGUUGAGAAUGAGCGCUAUGAAAAUGGACGAAAGCGUCUCAAAGCAUACUUGAGGAACACUUUGACAGACCAAAGGUCUAGUAACUUGGCUUUGCUUAACAUAAAUUUUGAUAUAAAACAUGAUCUGGAUUUAAUGGUAGACACAUAUAUCAAACUCUAUACAACUAAAUCAGAGCUUCCUACAGAUAAUUGAGAAACCAUUGAAAAUACCUAAGAGACUUUUAAAAUAGGCUUUCUCUUGUAUUUGAUAUUUGAAAGAAGAGCCCUAAUGUGUAUGUUGGCCACUUAAUCAGUGAUUAUCUUUGCCUACAGGCCUCCAUUGAAUAGUUUAGCCUUUUAUAAUCUACCUGUUUGAAUGGCCCCUGUUUGAACUCUCAUGCUUGGAGACCUAUCUGUUGUUCCAGAAGAUAGCAUUGAAAGUGCUUUGUGAUCUCUGCCAAUGGCACUAUGGAGUUGUUUUAGUUAAGUCAUUUUAGACAUAACAUUUACUAUCACGGUAGAUCCAUGUCAGGUAUUGAGUUAUCAAUUCUUUGAAGAAAUACAUUUUGAGGAGGUGUGGGAGGAAAGAAUACAUUUUAUAAAAUGUUACAAUGAAGCCUGUGAUUGACUUUUGACUAGUAGAAGUUUUAAAUACAUUAUUAAAAAAUCUAUAAUGGACAGUAAAAGAAAUUAUCAGAGAGAGAAGCUUGUGAGCUCACCAAACAAGGAUUUCAUUGUAGAUUUUCUCUUUAUCAAAUGAACUUAAAGGAACAAGUGAUAAUUAAAGUUUGAAUGGAAGAGCCUGCCAUUGUUGUUCCACAUCUGGUUGUUGCUGUUUACAUUCCUUUGUUGAGCCUACAUCUUCUUAAGCCUUUUAGCAGGUGUAUGUUGAACGUUUCUGUUUCAUGGUUAGGACAAAACCAGGCCAUGGAUACUGACAACUGACUUGUCUUUUUCCAUGGCUUUAUCUACUGCCUCGUCUUGAUUUAUAAGCAAAACCUGGAAAAGCUACAAAAAUAAGUGUUUUGUGGUUUAUCUAGAAAUAAUAUGGAAAAUAUUGCUGUUAUUUUUGGUGAAGAAAAUAAAUUUUGUAUAGUUUAUUUCAAUCUAAAUAAAAUGUGAAUUUUGUUUAAA